AUGGCGAGCACACAAGCAGAAGCUAUGCCAAACGGCAACUCACAAGUAAACGGCAAGGCCCAGCAAAUUAACAAGAGACCAAACCAGCAGAAUAAUCGCCAAUGGAAGCAGAAGAAGACGAAGAGGGAAAAGAACAUCACCGAAGGUUCAUCUGAGGAAGUCCUCAAGCACGAUAUUCAGGCCCUCCUUAAGGAGCGAGCUGUUGAGUAUGGCGAGGGAACAGAGCACGGCCCAGAAGUUCUCCCAGAGGAAGGCACUGAGACAGAGGUUGAGAUUCUGGAGCUUUCGUCUACAGGUGACGGCCUCGGUAUGAAGCCUGGUUCAAAUCAGGUCUAUGUUGUGUCCUUCACAGUCCCUGGCGACACUGCAAAGGUCAAGGUCUUCCGUCAUCUUCGUCGCGAAACCCAAACCCUCGCCGAUUUCAUCUCCAUCACAAAGCCCUCUCCUCUUCGCGACGACGCCCGGAUCAGCUGCAAGUACUUCGCCUCAUGCGGUGGCUGCCAAUUCCAGAUGCUCGAAUACCCCGAGCAACUCAAACUCAAGAAGCGCAUUGUCGAGAAAGCCUUCAAGAAUUUCUCAAACCUCGAUCCUAACAUUGUCCCCGCUGUCCAGGAUACAAUGGGCAGUCCUCUGCAGUACAACUACCGCACCAAGCUCACACCUCACUUUGACGGACCCCCUGGAUUCCGACCCAGCAAGAGAGGAAAGAACCCCAGAAUUCCCUUCGAGAAGUGCCCUGAUAUUGGAUUCAUGCAAAAGGGUCGUCGAAAAGUUUUGGAUAUUGAGGAUUGCCCUAUUGGUACCAAUGCUGUGCGUCUGGGUAUGGCACGAGAGCGUGAGCGCAUGCAGAAAGAGUUUGCCAACUAUCAGCGUGGUGCUACGAUUCUUCUCCGAGAGAACACGAAGCGAGUCCCCAAGGACAGCGAAGAGGCCAAGGGUGAAACAGAACCCUACACAGUCCGUGUUGAGAAUGAGGAUACUGUCGACAUCAAGUCCUGCUUCACUGAUUCCAAGGCCACCACAACAGAAUACAUCGGCCCUUACACCUUCACCAACCCAGCUGGCUCUUUCUUCCAGAACAAUAACUCGAUUCUUCCCUCAUUUACCGGCUACGUGCGAGACAAUAUUCUCCCUCCUGCCGGCACGGGCAUGGACAUCAAGUAUCUAAUCGACGCCUACUCAGGCUCUGGCCUCUUUACCGUUACUCUCGCAUCGCUCUUCCAACACUCCAUCGGUAUCGACAUUGCAGCUGACUCCAUCGCCUACGCAAGCCGCAACGCAGCCCUCAACGGUAUGGGGGAGGAUCGCUGCAAGUUCAUCGCUGCUGAUGCUGGUGAACUCUUCAAGAGCGUUGCCUACAACCGUGAUGAGACCGUUGUGGUUCUUGAUCCUCCUCGUAAGGGCUGCGAUGCAGACUUCUUGAACCAGCUACGAAAAUUCGGUCCUCGGCGAGUUCUGUAUGUCAGCUGUAACGUGCAUACACAGGCCAGAGAUGUUGGUGUGCUCGUUCGCGGUGAAGGCGAGGGCGAGAGAUACGAGAUUGAGAGUCUUCGAGGAUUUGAUUUCUUUCCUCAAACAGGUCAUGUAGAGGGCGUUGCUAUUCUCAACAGGGUCGAUAACACGGCAUAA